CACCUGACGACACCGUGCACAAUCUCCCCGCCCACCGUUUUUUUUUUUUUUUUAAAAAAACCUUUUCACAAGCCAAGUCGGUCGUUAAGAAACCGGCGGCGUUGGGGGACAAGCGAUUUAAGCGGCGCGUGCCGCUCUCCUGGGGGAAAGGCGGUGAUUGGAGGGGAGGGAGGUGACGUUGCUUAAAGUGAAACCCGCAGCUAUUUCCAGAUUUGUUGGAUGGUUUCGUCUUCGUGCCUGCGCUGAUGGGCUUUAAACAGUCCACCUUCCGCUCAGCAAGUUUCUCCUUUUCCUUUCCGUCUCACUUCUGAGAGAGAAUUAGCUAAAGGCAAGCUACCAACCUAGGGGUGACGCCCUCUGCAGCCAACACAAUACACCAUCUUUUUUUUUCUCCCCCGCCCCUAAAUGCGUUCUUGUCUAGUUAAAGCUUAUUGCCACGCGUAACCCCAUUCACCAUGGGUAGGUUUCCUUUAGAGCAAACGGUGCCGAUGCAAAAAUAGCCCUUCUGGAUAGAGGAGUCCCAGCCCAGUUCUCUUGCAUCUACUCUCGCCGCUGGAAUUCAACUGGGAUUAGUUCCAGAUUUUGUGUUUCUGCUCCUGAAAAGCAAAUCAGCUUCCUAGAAACUUUAUAUGAAAUUCUAAUAAGAUUCAAAAAUGGCAACAGAUAUCAAGAAUAAUGGCUUUGAAGAUGACAGUACAACAGAGCACAUCCUGGUAGACCAAAGCUCAUUGCCUCCUAUAGUUGCUGAAUACGAUAAAAAUCUUGGAGAAAUGAAUGAACAACUGAAAUACUGCCAGAUGCAGAUGAAAGAAAUGAGGCUAAAACUUGAGCAAGUCAUCAAAGAAAAUGAAAGAUUGCAUGAGGAGUUAAAAGAAGCCGUUGAAAAGCAGUUGGAAGCUCUGCCAUCUGGUUCUGUUUCAAGGGAUGCUACAUUUAUGGAUGAAAACUUAAUAAGAAACCUUCAAGAACAGUUGCAACUAGCAAAUAAAGAAAAAGAACAUGUCCUAGAACUUUGGCAGAUGGUUUCACAGGAAUUGGAGCGACUUCAACAGAUAUACCAGGAACACAUGACAGAAGCACAAAUUCAUAUUGUGGAAAGGCAGAAGCAAAAAGAUCAAUUGACGAGCUUUCAGCAGCUAACAAAACAAUUGCAUUUAACUAAUGAAAAAACUGAGUCAAUUAAUCAGGUGUUUCUGAAAACAGUAACAGAACAAAAUGUAGAGCUGGAACAGCUGCGCAAGCAACAAAGACAAUCCAAAUUGGACUUGAGAACAACAGUUGCAAAAGCUGAUGAAAUGAUGAGAUUCAUUGACGAUCUUCGCAGCCAAAUAAACAGAAAGGAAGAAGAGGUCCUAGCUGCUCGUGAAAAAGAGGAGGCAUCAGAUAAACGCUUGCAAGAAUUGCAGGCAAGCAUAAAACAAUUGGAAACACGACUUUGUGUAGCUACAAAAGAUUCCAAACAGCUAAGAUCAGAAAGAACAAAUCUUGAAAAAACAAUUCAGGAGCUGCAAACAAAAUGUGUGAAUAUAGAAGAAGAAAAGUAUGAUGCUGUAGGAAAAGUCCGAGACAGCAUGCAACUCAUAGAAGAAGCGAAUCUCCAGAAGAGUCAGGCAAUGCUAUCAGAGAAACAAAAAGAAGAGGAAAUUGAAAAUAUGAAACAAGCCGUUUCUCAGCUGCUUCAAGAUGCUGCUUUAAGAACAAGGAAAGAAGUAGAAAACGAGAGGAAACGAUACAAUAUUCAAAUUUCACGUUUAACAGAAGAACUUACUGCACUUCAGAUGGAAUGUGGAGAAAAGCAAAGCCAACUAGAACGAGCUAUUAGAGAAAAGCAAGCAGUUGAAGAAGAACUAGAGAAAGUAUACCGUGAAGGUAGAGGAAACGAAGCUGAUUAUAGAAAACUAGAAGAGCUUUACCAGAGAUGUCUGAAUGCUGAACGUAGAAAAGAUGAUCUUCAUCUUAGUUUGCAAACGGCACAAAACAAAAUUAAGCAACUGGAAUUGAAAUAUGAAGAAGAGAGAUGCCGUUGCCAAGAAAAUAUGUGCAAGCUGCAAAGUAUUCUGGAUUCUGAAAGGGAGAAAUGUGGAGCUAUAAGUGAAGAGCGCUUAAAGCUGCAACAAGGGAAUGAACAGCUUCAAAAAGAAAUGGAAAACUUGAAAAAACUGACAAUGGAGGCACAACAUACCGCAAAAUUAAAGAUAAGUACAAUGGAGAAUGAACAUUUACUAAAAGAACAUGGGUUUGAAAUUCAACUGAAAGAGAUGGAAGAUGUAAAUCAAAACUCAGUAACUGAGCUUAGACGCCUGUUGAUGGCUCAACAAAAAGCAACGAAUCGCUGGAAAGAGGAAACAAAGAAAAUAACAGAAAUAACUGAAUCCAGAAUAAAUAGUCUAAAAACCGAGCUGAGUCGUCAAAAGCUUCACACCCAAGAUUUAUUUUACCAACUGGAAAGAGCAAAUGAAAAGGUUAUUGAGAGCGAAAAAUUAAUGAGGGAAUAUCAAGAAAAAGUCAACCGACUUCAAAGUCGACUAAAUCAGGCAGAAGAGAGGGCAACUACAGCAACUCAACAGCUCAGUGCCAUAACAUUGCAGAAGAAAAAGGCCGCCUACUUGAUAGAGCAAAAAGAAAUGUAAAAAUGAACAAGGAAGUUGGACAAGAAGAAAGAGAAAUAUCUUGAAGUCCUAGAGGAUACCCAAGAAAAUAUCAACUAAAUGUUCAGCAGCUGUGAGAAAAGCAGAUACCAUGCUUGAGAUUGUUAAGGAAGGAAUUCAAAAUAAAAACAACAGUGUUGUAAAUCCAAA